AUGGAACCUGUUAAUUUGCCACAAUACCAGUUUUUCAGUUCACUAGAGGGGUGUGAUAACAAGAUGAGGAUGGUGAGACAGAAAACUCAGAUCAAAAGGAUAGAAAACUUAGCGGCAAGACAGGUGACCUUCUCAAAGAGAAGAUGUGGGCUUUUUAAGAAGGCUCAAGAGUUGUGUACUCUUUGUGAUGUAGAUAUCGCUCUCAUGGUCUUUUCGGCCACUGGAAAGCUCUUUCACUACUCACCCUCAAGCAUGAAUCAAGUGUUAGAAAAGCGUAGACUACUGCAAACCCGGAAUGUUGGAGAACUGAGACACCCAUCUCAGGAGAUGCAGAUUGCUAGUAGAAAUUUUGGUAUCUUGAGCAAAGAACUUGCAGAAAAAUCCACCGCAUUAAGGCAAAUGAAAGGGGAAGAUCUCAAGGGACUUAACCUCAAGGAGCUAGACAAAUUAGAAGCUAUGAUUGAAUCUGGGUUGGUUAAAGUAGUAAAAACAAAGGAACAAAAAAUGUUGAAAGAGAUCAGCACACUGAAGGAGAAGGAAGCUCAACUGAUGGAAGAGAAUGUACAUUUGAAACAACAGUUCGCUAUGAUGCACUUAUGUAUUGAGAAAUCAGAGAUCAACCUCAAAACUACAACAACUCGGAUACCCGCCUCAAACUUGGGUAAUCCAAUCAAGUUCCCUUUUUCUAAUUGAAUUUAAAUGGUGAAUUAGAAGAAGAGCAAAGUAGCGUGAUUAUGUAACACAAGUCAUUGGUCGACUGAUGUAGGUUCUUAAAUAAUCUCUCACGUACAUCCAUGAUUACAGGUUGUGGAUUUUGUUGUAGCCAAAGAACAUUCCAAUAUGUUAAACGACUAAUAUUUUCUUUGGUUUUGGAGCUAAGUUUGAAGCAU